UCCACCUCUGUAUAUUCAGGCUGUCCUUUCCUCCACGCAAAGCUGCUGUCUUCAAGUCCGGGCUACAACGUAGCUUCGACUUAUUUCCUCAGUCAUGGCUGAUCAGGCCUUUGUGACGUUGGCUACCAAUGACAGCUAUGCUCGGGGCGCCAUGGUUCUGGGCAAGUCCCUCCGUAACCACAAUACUUCCAAGAAGCUGGUGGCGCUCAUCGGUCCACAAGUGUCUGAGCCCUGCCAGUCUGUGCUGAAGAGGAUCUACGACGAGGUGAGGGUGGUGGAUGUGUUGGACAGCGGCGACACGGCACAUCUGGCCAUGAUGAAGAGGCCUGACCUGGGCGUCACGUUCACCAAGCUCCACUGCUGGACCCUCACACAUUACUCCAAGUGUGUUUUCAUGGAUGCAGACAUUCUGGUGCUUUCAAAUAUAGAUGAACUGUUUGACAGAGAAGAAUUGUCAGCUGCUCCCGACCCUGGCUGGCCUGACUGCUUCAACUCCGGUGUGUUUGUUUACCGUCCUUCCAUGGAGACUUACGGCAAACUGCUUCAGUAUUGUACAGAACACGGCAGCUUUGACGGCGGAGACCAAGGUGUUUUGAAUGGCUACUUCGGCGACUGGUCAACAGCUGACAUCUCAAAGCACCUCCCCUUCAUUUACAACCUCAGCAGCAUAGCCAUCUACACUUACCUUCCAGCUUUCAAGCAGUAUGGUGGAAAUGCUAAGGUGGUCCAUUUCCUGGGGAAGACCAAGCCAUGGAGUUACACAUUUGACCCCAAAGCCAAGCAGAUUUCAGGGAGUGUGCAUGAGGCCACGUCACAUCCCACCUUCCUGAUGGACUGGUGGAUCCUGUACUCCAGUGCUGUGGUGCCCAUGCUGCAGGAGCAGUACGGAGACCAGCCAUUCCACUCUGGAUGUGUGGAGUUCCAGUACAGUGACGUGGUCACUUUUGAGAGUGAACAGGGCGAGAGCAGCUCUUCGCUUGCACAGGCACACCAGCCCCUGAUGUCCUCAGAAGAACGGAAGCAGAAAUGGGAGCAAGGUCAGGCCGACUACAUGGGAAGGGACUCGUUUGACAAUAUCAAGAAAAAGCUUGAUGUUUUUCUCAAAUAAAGAAGGAAUGAUGCAGGAUAUCAAAAUAGCACUUGCAGUUUAACAGACUGUCACCACAGGUCUUUCAAGAAAAUACUGCACAGCAGAUUGCAGUCUUCCUUCCUAGCUGUUUCGCAGCUAGAAAUGAGCCGAGUCUUUCCCUCCACCAGCACCAUCCCCCCCUCCGUACUCCAAAGACAGUGCAAUUUCAAUGGAAGAAGAAAAGUAAAAUGUCAUGAACGGCUUUAAUUGUCUAUGCAAGAUGGUGUUUAUUCAGUUUACCCUGCAACAGUUACCUGUUCUGUUACACUGUGAAGAAAAUCAAGAUAACCUUAAUGUGCUUUUUAUGGUACUUUUGACAUGUCAUUGCUCUUUUUGUAUGAAGGAGAUGGCAACAAAAGUUCAACUGGGCCUUUUGUAUUAGUGUGACUAAGAUUUGCAGUCACUUACAUGUACAUUCUUCUUUCUCUUUCUUUUCUUUUUUACUGUGCCAUCUCCUAGCAGUCUUCCUAAUGUUUUUUUUCCUCAAAAGCUAAUUUUUCUCGUUUUUGAAUUGAAACAGCCUCUGUUUAACAUAGAAAUAAGAACAUGUUUACAGCGCUUCUAAAGGCCAUAGUGUGGCUAUAUACAUGUACACUAGAUCCUUAGUGCCUUAGUGUCUUGCUCUCUCUACUGCCACCAUCCUAUCAGUUCUGGACCUGCAGCUUUUCAGUGGGUGAUUUGGUUUUUAACUUUACUUGAUCUGGAUGUUGGCUGCAACACAAAACCUUUCUUCUGGAAACAUUAAAAACGUCAUUAAAAGGUC